AUGUCUGUUUUUAACAACUCCAAUCUAUACCCCCGCUUCCUACUGACAGGAUUCUCAGGCCUUGAAAGCAUGUAUGGCAUCAUUUCCCUUCCUAUCUUCUUGGUUUAUAUCAUAUCAAUUACAGGGAACAUUAUCAUCCUGUUUAUCAUCAGAACCGAGCCUUCCCUCCACCAACCCAUGUACUACUUUCUGUCAAUGCUGGCAUUCACUGACCUUGGCUUAUCCACGACUACCUUUCCUACCAUGUUCAGUGUCUUCUGGUUCCAUGCACGAGAGAUUCCCUUUAAUGCCUGUCUUGUCCAGAUGUACUUCAUUCAUGUUUUCUCAAUUAUUGAAUCAGCUGUACUGUUAGCCAUGGCAUUUGACCGCUUUGUAGCAAUCAAAGAACCUCUGCGUUAUGCAACUAUUCUAACCAAUAGUGUAAUAAUUGGCAUUGGAUUGACAAUUGCUGGAAGGGCCCUGGCUCUGGUUUUUCCAGCCUCCUUCCUCCUGAAGAGGCUUCAAUAUCGAGCUGUCAAUAUUCUUUCCUAUCCCUUUUGUCUACACCAGGACCUCAUAAAGACAACUGUAUCAAGCCGCCGGGUCAGCAGCAUCUAUGGUCUCAUGGUGGUCAUCUGCUCCAUGGGACUAGAUUCAGUCCUUCUUCUACUCUCUUACCUCCUCAUUCUUGGCACAGUGUUUAGUAUAGCCUCCAAGUCAGAGAGGAUCAAAGCCCUCAAUACUUGCAUAUCGCACAUCUGUGCUGUACUCACCUUUUAUACACCUAUGAUUGGACUAUCUAUGAUCCGUCGUUAUGGGCAAAAUGCCUCUCCAAUCGUUCAUGUGCUCAUGGCCAAUGUCUACUUGCUUGUCCCACCCCUCAUGAACCCUAUUGUCUACAGUGUCAAGACCAAACAAAUUCGUGACAGAAUCCUUAAGAAGUUCAAGAAACAGAAAGUGUAG